AUGUUUGAAGAAUCCGAGAGUUCGUCCUUCAUAAGCACACAGCCAGGACCUACUACGAUAUCAGGAGAAUCAGAGGAUGUUAGACGGCGAUCGAUAAGGAGCAGAUGUGACACGAGUGAAAAAGAAGGAAUAGAAGUUCUCGAUACAGUAACCGGAUUAGUUGUGACACAGCGUGUAGAUCUUCUGGAAGUGUUCACAAGUAUUGAUAUGAACAAUCGAUAUGAUGUACGCGCUCCUACAGGAGAUCAGCUAUUCUUCGCAUAUGAAAAAUCACCUUGUUUAAUCCGAUGUUGUAUGGGAAAGCGUCACGGAUUUAUUAUGCAUGUUAUCGACAAUAACGGGAAAGAAAUCUUAAGCAUUAAACGCAAAUGCAAAUUUUGUUGUUGUAUCAGUAACGAAUUCGCAAAAUUAUGUGCCUGUUGUAAUUGUUGCAAAGAAUUUAUAUCCGUGGAGUCACCACCUGGAAAUGAGAUUGGUUCUGUAGAUCAAACCUGUGGAACGAAAUUGAAAUUUGAUGUGUUUGAUGGAAAUGAACGUAUCGCAAACGUUGUUGGUCCGUCAUACUGCGGUAUGGGUUGCUGCACCUGUUGCUCGCCUAGGAAAGUAUUUACGAUUCAUUCAAAUGAUGGCGAACAAGUUGGCGUUAUAAUCAAGAAAUUCGGCGGUGUUUUCAAGGAAUUAUUCACCAAUGCCGAUGUUUUUCAUGUGAAAUAUUUUUUUAUGCAAUCAACGAGAUUUUUUUCCCACCGAUUACAUCUUCCAGUUCCCGUUGAUAUGUCGGUGCAAGGAAAAGCGUUACUACUUUCAACGGUAUUUUUAAUAGACUACGUCGCAUUCGAAGACACCAAUUGA